GUGUUUGUUUCUCUGCAAAGGUGCUGUGUGUUUGGUGAAGAAGACAUGGCGGCCUCUCUGAACGACUCCAGACAGAGCCCCUCCAUCUCCACCUGUUCUCCCAUGAGCAGAGUCAAGGCCCUCCAGGUGGACUCGGUGCAGCGGUGGAUGGAGGACCUGCGCCACAUGACGGAGGUGGAGUGCAUGUGCGUGCUGCAGGCCAAGCACAUCGGGGCGGAGGAGGAGGGCGGCCACCAGGGGGAGCUGAUCGUGGCGUCGGCGCUGGGGGCGGGCGGCGAGCACGUGGUGACCCGGAACAACCUGCAGUCGCUGCUGCGCCGCGCCCUGGUGGUCAGCACCGAGCUGGGCAAGAUGUUCCAGAGGCUGGAGAAGGGCCGCUGGCAGAGGGUGCACAGCACGGCCGUGCGCGCCAACUGCCACGUGCGCUCGCUGGUGCAGGAGUACGGGGCGGCGCGGAGCACGCCCCCUGAGAUGCAGAAGUAUGAAAAAAGUCUACUAGAAAAGUGCAUGGAGCUCACCAACAUCACAGAGAGGUGCCUGCACACCGACGACGAGUUCUUCCUCAAGUCCAUGAGAGAAGCUAUCCAUGAGAUUCUCACUAACGUCAGCGAUUCGUUCAGCAACAUGAUUGACAUGGCACUGGCCAAUGAAAUCCAGGUGUUGAUCAAACAGGUGGAGUCGUCGGACAGUGUGUACACUAUCAGCAGCGCCAUCAGUAACCUGCUGUCCCUGACACAGGACGGACCACAGCUGUGCAGCAUCAUCGCCAAGGAGGGAGCGGUGGUGGCCUUGUUCAAGAUCUGUCGCCAGGACUGCUUCAGCGACCUGUACGCCCACGCCCUGAGGACUGUGGCGUCCAUCUGCUGCGUGGAAGAGGGCAUCAAACAACUGGACAAGGUGGAUGGAAUCUUGUGUCUGGCUGACAUCCUGACAGAGGAGAACAGCGAUGAGGCGGCGAGGGCGGAGGCAGCAGCGGUCGUGGCUCAGAUCACCUCCCCCCACCACACCUCCACCCAGCACCUGGCCAGUUUCCUGGAGAGCAUGCAUGACAUCGUCACCGCACUCAUCAAGCUGUGUGCCACGGCGUCCUGUGGCGAGGUGUUCCUGCUGGCGUCGGCCGCCCUUGCCAACAUCACCUUCUUCGACAGCAUGGCCUGUGAGAUCCUGCUGCAGCUCAACGCCGUGCAGAUCCUGCUGGGGGCCUGCAGCGACCGGCAGCGUGUGGACACACCCUACUCCAAAGACCAGGUGGUGACCAUCUUGGCAAACCUUUCUGUUUUGGGGCAGACGGCACCUGAAGUUCUUCAAGAGAAAGGGAUCGAGCGUCUGCUGGUGCUGCUGGGGGAGACGCCGUCCUCCCCCAGCCCGUCGGAGGGCGCUGCCUGCGAGCGCGUCCAGCAGAAGGCGGCCGUCACUCUGGCACGGCUCAGCCGUGACCCGGAGGUUGCACGCACCGCCAUCCUGUUGAACGCUCCGGCUCGUCUCAUCAAGCUCUGCCGCUCCCCCGCCGAGCGCAACAACAGCGAUUCUGUGCUGGUGGCCUGCCUGGCUGCUCUCAGGCGGCUAGCGGCAGGGUGUCCAGACGGCAUCGAACCUGCGGACCACCAGCAGCUCAUCAAGCCCCGGCUGGUGGACUCCUUCCUGCUGUGCUCCAACAUGGAGGAGAGCUUUGUGUGAUCCUGCUCCUCCUCACCAUGCUGCAGCUCCUCCUGCUCCGAGCUCUGGG